CCAAAACAGCAAAAUGGGUGAAGCUCUGUUCGAGCUGGAGCAACAUUUCAGGUCCAAAAAGGUCAAUUUGACGCCUGAAGAAAGAACGCUUCUUUUAACUUGCAAGUCCAAGGCUGUCAGGGAGUUUACAUUCGGAGGUCUUGCUGCUGCUACUGUUGCCUGGACAGCAUCUUCAAAGCUGAAUAAGCUUAUUCGAAUCAACCUUUCAGGAGGAGCUGCUGCUUUAUUUGGACUGUGGAGAUUCUCUAGAUCCUUAGAUUCAUGUGUUAACCAUAUUCUUUCUCAGGAUGGAAGUAGGAUGCAGGCGGAGUUAGCAACUAUAAUGGUGAGGAAGUACCAGAAUGAUCCUUCUAGGAUGCGGCUUAUCUCUAAACAGUUCUACUCUGAGAAAGUUUUUGAUGAUGCUACCUCAGAUCAACCAACAAUAAGGUGGCGUUAUCGGAAUUAUUUUAGUGAUAACAUUACCCAUGGUCGAGAAACAAAUGACAGCGACUUUUACAGCAACUCUCAAGGUGAUUCGGACAAGGGUUCCCAUGGUAACCAAAACACUACCUCUGGCAGUGAUUCCCAACACACCCAAAAUGUCUCUGACAAAAAAUGGGUCAAAUUUGAUCCCAAACAAGUUCCUACGAACUCGGGUGUUGAUUCAAUGGUAGACCCGCUUGAUUGUGUUUUUGGUAGUACAACAAGUGAGGAGAUUCUUCUUCCGAGUACCUCCAGCAGUUCCCCGAAAGCACACACUCGUAACCGGAAAAGAUCUCACCGUAGGCGUCGGAUGCACCAUCAAGAAGACUUACCGCACUACCAACAAACGUAACUGCGAGUUGAAUGCAAUUGAACAGUGGAGAAGAUCAAAGGGGAGAGUUACACGGAAUUAGAAAUUGCUUUUUCCUAGUGUUUUGUGUGUUUGACAGCCUCCUUCAGGAAGAGCAUCUUUAUGAACUUUACAACUCUAUCGGGCAAGUUACUGUCAUUUACUUUUCACUGCUGUGUAAUUAUUGAAGAAUCAAAUAGUGAAGUUCCAUCUGGGCUCGAUAGGCACUUGUAAAUGUAAGUGCUACUUCAAUGGGCAAGAACAAAAAUAAGUGGUUGGUUUGGAGAUGCA